AAGUGAAAAGUUUCCAUGGUGCUCACAUGUUUCCUGUUGUGUUUGCAGGUGUUCCCUACCUAUCACAUCUACCCUCCAACAGCUCCUCAUGUGGCCUACAUGCAGCCCAAAGCCAACGCCCCGUCCUUCUUCAUGGCUGAUGAGCUCCGACAGGAGUUGAUCAACAGGCAUCUAAUCACCAUGGCCCAGAUUGACCAUUCAGAGAACCCAGACGUCCCCUCGGAGUUGGACAGCUACCACAGCCUCUUCCCCCUUGAGCCCCUUCCCCCGCCCAACCGCCUGCAGAAGACCAGCAACUUCAGUUACAUCACUUCCUGUUACAAGGCCGUCAACACCAAGGACGACCUGCCCUACUGUUUGAGGAGGAUACAGGGAUUUCGGCUGGUGAACACCAAGUGCAUGAUGCUAGUGGACAUGUGGAAGAAGAUCCAGCACUCGAACGCGGUCACUCUGAGGGAGGUGUUCACCACCAAGGCCUUUGGAGACCACUCGCUGGUGUUCUCCUAUGACUUCCACGCGGGAGCAGAGACCAUGUUUAGCAGGCACUUCAACGACCCAACGGCAGACUCUUUCUUCACCAAAAGGAAAUGGGGACAACAUGAGCCCCCCCCUCCACGGCAGCACGCUGGUCUGCUCCCCGAGUCUCUGAUCUGGGCAUACAUCGUGCAGCUGAGCUCCGCCCUGCGCACCAUCCACACCGCCGGACUGGCCUGCCGCGUCAUGGACCCCAGCAAGAUCCUCAUCACGGGCAAGACCCGGUUACGGGUGAACUGUGUUGGCGUCUUUGAUGUCUUAACAUUCGACAACAGCCAGACCAACCACCUGGCUCUCAUGCCCCAGUACCAGCAAGCGGAUCUCAUCUCCUUGGGUAAGGUGGUUCUGGCGCUGGCCUGUAACUCGCUGGCCGGCAUCCAGAGGGAGAAUCUGCAGAAGGCCAUGGAGCUGGUGUCCAUCAACUACUCGUCAGACCUCAAGAACCUCAUCCUGUAUCUGCUGACAGAUCAGAGUCGCAUGCGCAGUGUCAAUGACAUAAUGCCAAUGAUCGGGGCCAGAUUCUACACCCAGCUGGACGCCUCGCAAAUGAGGAACGAUGUCAUUGAAGAGGACCUGGCCAAGGAGGUCCAGAAUGGACGUCUUUUCCGCCUCCUGGCCAAACUGGGAACCAUCAACGAAAGGCCUGAGUUCCAGAAGGACCCCACAUGGUCGGAAACGGGUGACCGCUACCUGCUCAAGCUCUUCAGAGACCAUCUCUUCCACCAGGUCACCGAGGCGGGGACGCCCUGGGUCGACUUGAGCCACAUAGUGGCAUGUCUCAACAAGCUGGACGCAGGCGUUCCAGAGAAGGUCAGCCUGGUGUCUCGGGACGAGAAGAGUGUGCUGGUGGUUACCUACUCCGACCUGAAGCGCUGUUUCGAGAGCACCUUCCAGGAGCUGCUGGCCGCUGCCAACGGCUCGUUGUAGCGCCCCCCAACAGGAGCGGGGUGGGACUGCCUGAACCGGAGCACAUUGCACUACAGCGCGGGAACCAGAGCAGGAGCUGAAGACGAUCUCACAGUCACGAGGAACUAGGCUGCCGAACUCAGUCAGAUACACUGUUCUGUUCGGAAGGAUUUUCUCUUUGUUUUUUUUUCGUCUUUUUUCCUAAAAGCUUAUUUUUUUAGUUUUCAUAACCUUGCAGCUACAAAUGAAAAAAAAAAAUAUGGACAAAUGUAAGCUGUGAUGAAUUUUUUUAGACUUGGGGGAACAACAGAAAUGACAACAUGAAAAAGGACUUUUUCCUGCUUUUACUUUCAGAACUUCUUUUGUUCUGUUUUGUUUUGUUGGUUUUAUUUUCUUCUGUGGAGGAUGCACUAAAAUUUUAAGUUUUAUGAUUCUUUUUUUCUCUUUUUUAAAAUGAUUGUGUGUGUGUGUGUGUGUGUGCGUGCAAGUGUGUGUGAGUGUGUACAUGCGUGUGUGCAUUGCCCACAGGGUGGAAGAGUGUGUGCAAGUGUGUGUGAGGGUGUACAUGCGUGUGUGCAUUGCCCACAGGGUGGAAGGAAAAAAAGAAAAAGAACAGACCUCACACUCGAAACAGUGAGAAAAAGAAAUUUAACGAAACAAAUUAGGCUUUAUUUUUUAUGUCAUCUCUCUUCCUGCUGGAGUCUUCAUCAUCACCCCCCCCUCCCCCUCCCCUCCCCAUUUAUCUGAUUGAGGAACUAAGAGACGGGACCGACCACUGGCUGCAGGCGUGUGUUGGAGGGCCAGACCACUUGUUGCCUCUGUUUUCACUUAGACGGGACAAACCACUAGGUUUGUGUGUUAUAUUUGAUAGGGGGCGGGUGGGGUGGGGGGGGGGGGGGGGAGUUUGGGAAGCCUGCGUUAGGAACUAUGAUGAGAGAGCUGUAAGACUUACUGACCACUGGUGGAGAAUUAUGGGUAAGUGAUGACCUAUGCUGAGGUCAUAGGUCACGACACAGGGAAGGGGCAGAGUGGGAUGGUGUGGGGGGGGGGGGGGGGUUGUAAGUGAUGCUGGCACUGAAUGAAUGGUUGGAUGUUUUGGAUGAUGGUUUUCAUUUUUCAUUUUUUUUUUUUAUUAUUUUUUUUUUUAAAACUUGUACAGACACAAGAGCUGCCUCUUGUGUUUUGCUUCCACUGGCUGUGUGUGUGUGAUGCAGUGUGAUGUCAUGUAACAUGACAGCAGGGAAACAGGUUAGGGAAGAGGGAGGGGAGGGGGGUCCUGCCUGUCUGGUCUUGUCCGGCUCUCAGGGUCUGGAGAGAGUAGUGGAACCAAAGAACUGGAACUCUUCAGAACAGGAACCGGCUCUGCCUUUUCAAGGAAUGUCUGCUUUCUGCCCUUUUAAAAAAAAAAAAAAAGUUUUCUGCAUCACUCCAUACCUUUAGCCACCCUCGCUCUCCCCUUCUAUCUCUACCUCUUUGGUUUUUUUUUUCUCCCUUUUUUGCCCCUCAUGUUUCUCUCUCUCUCUCUCCUCUCUCUCUCUCUCUCUCCCCUUGCCCUUGCAAUGCUCUCCAGGUCUCCUUAUUUUGAGCUUUUGAAUAAGUAAAGCUCUUUUUCCUGAUGAUUUUUGUUGCUGGAUCCUCUCUACUCAACUCUGGUGCAGUGAUGCAUGAUGGGUAAAUGUCGACACGCACUCUCGCCUCCUUUUUUUUUUAAUUCUGUGGACCAAUUCCAGCAGGAGGUGGAGAGUGAGCGGUCAGACCUGUGGGAGGUGGGGAAAGAGGCGGGACUGUUUAACACUUUUUUUUUCUUUUUUUUUUUUAAAUUUUUUUUUUAAUUUGACCUCUUAAGAUCAUGUGACGUAUAGGUGCUGCAGCUACUCUCUCUGUGUGGUCUGUGAUGUGGUGGUUGGGGGUGGUGGGGUGGGGGGGGGGGCGGCGAGGUUCAGGUGAGUGGGUGCUGACCUGAUAGAACUCGGAACACUGAGCUGGUCUGGAAUUCUCUCUCAGGAGUGCCCGCCCCCGGGGCGUGCCAGUGACUGAAUGUGUCUGACCCGUCAUUGGCUGUCAGCCCCGGUGGGAGGGAUCAAGCCGCAGUGGAGUGGAUGUGAGCGGGACUUGAAUCACAGAACCACACUGGACGACUUCUUCUUUUUAAGAAUAAUGUACCAUUUCUCCUGUUAUUUUUUUUUUCUUCAUGUUUUAGUGACGCGAUCAGUCAGAACAUCUUGGUGGAUGUGGUGCCAAGAAAUCCAGACUCCCAUACCCUCUCACCCACUGACCCACCAGCCCUGUUGAACACAAACUCUCACACUCAGUACUACACACCCUAUACCGACACAUAUGAUGGUCAUAUCAUGAUGGUCACACUGGCCUCUCACACUCCAGUUAUGCUGGCGCUGGCCCCGGACACACCUACACUGACGCUGCCACCUCCCCAGUCCCGUUUUGGCCCUUCUGGUGUUCAUCGUCUCACACUUCGCAAUAUUUGUGUGUACAGCAGUAUUUUAAUAAAGAAUACCAAAACAUA